GAACAGGGGGGCGGACGAGGCUGGGCCGGAGGAGCCAGGAGGAGAGCGUCGGGCGCGGGGAGGGAAGGCCGGGCGUGUCCCCGCACCCCUGCGUGCGUGUGGCUGCCCACGUCCCCCCUCGGGAGCCCGAGGAAGCCCAGAAACCGAAAGAAGCAAAGCCGUAUCUGCGCGCUCCCUGCCCCCUCCGGCCCCCGCGCCCCGCCGCAACACAGGCGACUUCCUCUUUCCAACCUAUUUAAGGCCCAGCCCUGAGUGGCCGGGAGCAGAGGCGGCCGGCGCGCAGCCCAGCCAUGGGGGACCCCUUCAUCCGCCACAUCGCCCUCCUGGGCUUCGAAAAGCGCUUCGUCCCCAGCCAGCACUAUGUCUACAUGUUCCUGGUGAAGUGGCAGGACCUGUCUGAGAAGCUGGUCUACCGGCGCUUCACUGAGAUCUACGAAUUCCACAAAACUUUAAAGCAGAUGUUUCCCAUCGAGGCCGGGGACAUCAACCCGGAGAACAGGAUCAUCCCCCACCUGCCAGCCCCGCGGUGGUUUGACGGGCAGCGGGUGGCCGAGAGCCGCCAGGGCACCCUCAGUGAAUACUGCAGCGCGCUCAUGAGCCUGCCUGUCAAGAUCUCCCGCUGCCCCCACUUCCUCAACUUCUUCAAGGUGCGUCCCGACGACCUCAAGCUCCCCGCGGACAGCCCGGUGAAAAAGCCCGAGACAUACCUGAUGGCCAGAGAUGGCAAGAAUAACAUUGCAGACAUCACAGGCCCCAUCAUCCUGCAGACGUACCGCGCCAUCGCCAGCUACGAGAAGAACUCGCGUUCCGAGAUGACUCUGGCCACGGGCGACGUGGUGGAUGUCGUGGAGAAGAACGAGAAUGGCUGGUGGUUCUGCCAAAUGAAGACAAAGCGUGGCUGGGUUCCGGCGUCCUACUUGGAGCCCCUGGACAGUCCUGAUGAAUCAGAGGAUCCAGAGCCCAACUAUGAAGGUGAGCCCUACGUCACCAUCAAAUCCUACACUGCCCUCUUGGAGGACGAGGUGUCCUUGGAGCAGGGGGAGACCAUCGAGGUCAUUCAUAAGCUCCUGGAUGGCUGGUGGGUCGUCAGGAAAGAAGACAUCACAGGUUACUUCCCAUCCAUGUACCUGCAGAAGGCAGGACAGGACGUAGCUGAGGCCCAAAGCAAGAUCAAGAGCCGCGGAGCCCCGCCCCGGAGGUCCUCCAUCCACAACGCGCACAGCAUCCACCAGCGGUCGCGGAAGCGCAUCAGCCAGGAGGCCUAUCGGCGCAAUAGCGUUCGUUUUCUGCAGCAGCGCCAGCGUCAUCCGCGCCCAGGGCCUCAGAGAGCUGGGAAUCCAUUGCAAAAGGAGCAGCCCAAGACGGAGCGCCCCAAGCCGCAACCAGCCGUGCCCCCGAGGCCCAGCGCCGACCUCAUCCUGCACCGCUGCAGCGAGAGCACCAAGCGGAAGCUGGCAUCCGCUGUCUGAGGCUGCGUGGUGCUCUCCCCACCGCCAGCCCCUAUCCCUGUAUAUACAUGUAUAGAGCCUGAGAUUUGGCAGCAGAGGGGAGACCCUGGCCCUACCCCAUCUGGCUAUUCGCCCGUCCUGAAUAAAUGUUGCUUGGAGUGUA